AUGGGUCGCACCAGCUAUGCCGAGGUGCAGACGCCCCAAGGCCUCGAGGCGGCAGCGACGACGCAUCCCGUCGAGUCGGCCAAUCGCUUCUCGUUUGCGCUCAUGCUCUGGAUGGAUGGCUUGAUCCGCCGAGGCGCCAAGGAGCCGCUGCAAGAGAACGACGUGUGGCUGCUGCCGAGCGGUGACACGGCGGCGGCCCUCAGCGCACGCUUCGCAGCCGAGUGGGCCAUCGAGAAGACGCGCCCGACACCUCGCUUCCACAAGGCGCUGUGGCGCACGGUGCGUCGCCGGCUCUAUUGCACGCUCGGGCUCUACCUUCUCUACUCGUUCAUCAUGCUGCUGCAGCCGAUCGUGAUCAAGUCGCUUUUGCAGUUCAUGCAAGGCAAGCCGACGUCGCUCGGGAUCGAGUCGGGGUACGGCCUCGCGGCGCUGCUGACGGUUGUUUCGCUCGUUGCGGUGACGAUCAUCGACUUUGGCCAGCUGCUCGCGUCCAACCUCGGCUGCAACGCCAAGACGAUCAUCAUGGACGUCGUCUACCACAAGAGCCUCAAGCUCUCGGGCUUUGCAAAGCGCAGCAUGUCCUCUGGCGAGAUUGUCACCUUGUCCGGCGUCGACUCGGAGCGGCUUUUCGACGGCUUCCUCAUCGGCCCAUGGAGCCCGACGGCGCCGAUCUCGAUCGCGGCCAUCUUUGUCAUGAUCGGCUUUGAGCUCGGCUACGUCGUCGGGCUCGUCGGCUGCGCCUUCAUGUACCUCAUCCUGCUUCUCGGGUACCUCUCGGCCAAGACGGUCGGCGAGACGCGCCGGCGCCUUCUGAACGUGCAGUCCGAGCGCGUCAAGCUCACGAACGAGGUGCUCCAGGGCAUCCGCGUCGUCAAGAUGUACGGCUGGGAGCGCGACCUCGAGGCGGCCAUCGAUCGCAUUCGCGCGCAGGAGCUCGUGUUUCUCAAGGAGUACCACCGCCGACGCGUCUUCAACACGGCGGCGCUCUCGGUCGCACCGGCCAUUUGUCUCGCCUUGUGUUUGCUCCUCUAUGUCGCGCAAGGCAACACGCUCUCGCCCGACAAAGCCUUCACGGUGCUCGCCUACAUGAACGUCGCGCGGCUGCCGUGCUACAACUUUUCCAACGGCAGCCUCUUUGUGCAGGAGGCCAUGACGUCCUGCGACCGCGUCGGCGCCUACUUGCUCGCGGACGAAGUUGCCGAGUCGAUGCCGACGGGCGAUGCGUGCGGCGAGGUGCCCGACGUGGCCAUCACGGACGGUGAUUUUACGUGGCACGGAAGCCCGUCCACCGACGCCGACCCGUCGCUGCCGUUGACGCUGCGCAACAUCCACCUCCACCUCGCCCCUGCCUCGCUCACCAUCGUCGUCGGCGCCGUCGGCAGCGGCAAGUCCAGCCUCGUCUCCGCUCUCCUCGGCGAGAUCCACCAAGUACGCGGCACCCGCCACGUCACCGGCAACGUCGCCUACGUCAGCCAAGAGCCCUGGAUCCAACACGACACGCUGCGCAACAACAUCCUCUUUGCCGACGCCUUUGACGACACCAAGUACAACGCAGUGCUCUCGGCCUGCCAGCUCACGUCCGACUUGCGCAUGCUGCCGGACGGCGACCGCACCGAGAUUGGCGAGCGCGGUAUCAACUUGAGUGGCGGCCAGAAGGCGCGCGUGAGUCUCGCCCGUGCCAUGUACCGGACCGAGGCGGACAUCUACUUGCUGGACGACCCGCUGAGCGCGCUGGACGUGCACGUGGCGGGCGCCGUGUUUCGGGACUGUGUGCAAGGUCUCUUGGCGAGCAAGACGACGCUAUUGGUGCUCAACAGUCACUACCAUCUGCUGCCGCACGCAGACCGUAUCGUGGUUAUGGUGGACGGUGCGAUCGCGGCUGACGGACCGUUUGACAUGGUGAAGGCGCAGUUUCCGGACCUCCAGAGCUUUGCAGAAGGCGAGGAAGAGACGAAGGCGAAAGACGCUGCUGACGCCAAGAGCCGUGCAACACCAGAGGCAGCCAAGCCGAGCGGUGAUGGCAACCUCGUCGCCAAGGAAGAUCGCGAAGUCGGGGCGGUGGCCACGAGCAUUUACGCCACGUACCUCAGCUUUAGCGGCCACGGCCCGCUCUUUGUCUUUGCAUCCGUCGGCGCCGCCUUUACGAUCUCGCAGGCCGCGCUCGCGCUGCUGGAUUGGUUCAUGGGCCACUGGGCGAACACGCCGUCGAUGGCUGGCGCGGUCUCUUCCGCGUGGAUCUACGUGGGCAUCAUGCUCGGUGCGGUUGUGUUGAUUUGCGGCCGCAUUAUCUACGGUCUCCUGCUCGUCAUUCGCUGCUCCAAGACGCUCCACGAACGGCUGUUUGCCAAGGUCUUAUCGGCGCCCGUCACGACCUUCUUUGACGUUGUGCCGGUUGGUCGGAUCCUGAACCGGUUCUCGAGCGAUCUCGACCAAGUCGACUCGCAGAUCCCGUACUUUGGGCUCUUGUUUUUGCAAUUUUUCUUCCAAAACCUCGCGGUUGUCGUGGUCUGCGCCGCGACGUCGCCGUACGUGCUGCCGCUGUAUGUGCCCAUCUUUUACGCGUUUUACAAGCUCCAAGCCUACUACAAUUUGACGUCCGGCGAGCUCAAGCGCAUGGACUCGACGUCGCGGUCGCCCGUCCUCAACACGAUCUCGGAGACGAUCAACGGCCUCUCGACGAUCCGCGCCUUCCGCAUGAGCAGCGACUUUGCCGCCAAAAGCCGCGCGAUUCUCGACAACAACUUGCGCUUCUUCUCGCUCUAUCGGACGUCAUCGCGUUGGAUGCAGAUGCGCCUCGAUUGGCUCUCGGUCGCCGUCAUCGCCGGCGUCGCCUUCAUCUCGGUCGCGUCGAGGAGCGUCGUUGGUGUCAUCGCCGCCGGCCUCGCGAUCACGUACGCAGCGCAAAUGUCCGGCUUCCUCUCGCGCACGACCAUGACGUACUCGGUGACACCAAGCUCGUCACGGCAACCGUCGACGCGUCGUGGCCUGUGA